GAAGAAAUACCAGUAACACAACGUGCUCCACAAUGCGGCUACUUCAAUUCGACAUUUAAAAUCAACAUGAUGGCUUUGUCAGCGCGGUUAUGGCGCUUGCCUUCACGGUUCUGCGCUAGCUCUGCUGUAUUGGCCUCUAAACGUUGCCUGGGCCGUGUAGAAUGCAAAUCGUCCACACUACUUUUGGUCGACAGCAGACAUUACAACAACAACGGCAGUGUUAAUCCCCCAUGCCCACAACGUGUGUCAAGUGUCAGAGGCUAUGCACAACACCCAACCCCAGAUGCAGCCUCAAGGAACAGGCUAAUGUGGCUCGUGUACUUUUCAGGAUUUAUAGGAGCUUUUAUGUUUUUCGCAGUCAUAAGGAGAGAAUUUAAAAAAUACCAAAAGAAAAAAAGAGGAAUUGUUGAAAUGAAAAUCCCUGCGUUUGGUCAUAGAAUUUUUAUUUGUAAAUACAAAGAUUUCGUCCUAUUUGAUACAGUGGGGCAAAAUAUUGAAGAACUUGAGAGGUUUGCUGUCAGAGAAGAUGAUGUCUGGCUUGUUGGCUGGCCAAGGUCAGGAACAACCUGGAGCCAGGAGAUCAUUUACCUGAUACAGACAGGCCUGGAUUUUGAGGGGGCUGGGUCUGCCCCGUUAGAUGAUCGCUUCCCAUACCUAGAGUUCCAGUACCCUGGGUACGAGGCCAUAGCAAAGUACCCCUCACCGCGGCUGAUAAAAUCUCAUCUCCCCUUCCACCUGUUACCAGGUGAUAUUCAUGUCAAGAAACCUAAGAUAAUAUACAUUGCCAGAAACCCGAAAGAUAUCAUAGUAUCGUACUACCACUUCAUCAGGAUGUUGCUUCCAUUUCGAUUUACUGGUCAGUUUCCAGAGUUCUUCAACCUGUUUCUCAGUGAUCAGUUGCCUUAUUCACCUUGGUGGAAACAUGUGCGGGAAUUCUGGGAGCACAGGAAUGAGAACAAUAUUCUUUUCAUUAAAUAUGAAGAUUUACAAAAGGAUCUACGUGGGGUGAUCCGUGAAAUCAGCCAGUUCCUGGGUAAGAAUCUUACAGAGGAACAGGUUGAAGCCAUAGCUGAACACUGCACCUUCCACAAAAUGAAGACCAAUCACUGUGUGAACCAUACCUGGUUUGAGAACCUGGGAUUAAAGCGGAAAGGAGAGGCAGACUUCAUCCGGAAAGGGAGAAUUGGUGAUUGGAAGAACUACAUGACAGCAGAGAUGAGUGGAAGGGUUGACAAACUGCUGGAGCAGAAGCUUGGGGAUACUGACCUCAAUUUUGAGUUCUCUCCUCAGGAGGAGUAAGUUUUCAAAAUUGUAUGUACAUUUGAGGUACAUGUACCUGGUGCUGGAGUAUAGAGGAAUGCAUCGUUUUGAGCUUUUUAGUUUUUAUGUGUUUACAUUGUGCGUGUGGACUGACAUGUAUAGGGGAUUUUAGUUAUUAUUACUAAUUAAAUAUUACAUAUUAAUAUUAAAUAAUGUAUCACAUGCUAUAGUAAGAAUCUGACUUAUUGUACAUGUAUUACUGUAUUUGGA